AAACCACUCAGAAAAAUGGCGUCCGCUCACUGAACAUGUUGAGAAUGCGCUCACUGAUCAAGUGCGUUCAGCGAACAUUUUACCAACAGUUGCACAACCGUUGUGUUUUCUGAACGUAGCCAAUAUACUACUACUGUUAUCUUUCGGUUAUAUUAAAGUGUUACAUGUAGAAUUAAACAUCUAUCGCGUUUGUAAACAUUUAUAACCGAAUGUACCAUUUAAAUAACAUAUUUUAACUUUAUCAUUGUACAGAGAGUAUGUCUUCGAUCGUGAAUUCCGUACGUGCCGCUAUAAACACAUGGACUCCGCAAGUAAUGUCAGUAAGAUUUCGCUAUCAUGCGGACAAAAUUAAGAAAGGACCAUUGAUACGACGAUAUGGAUACGAGGAACAUAUAGAUAUGACGGGUACUCUGGCACGCGAAAGCGAUAAGCGAAUACUUCAGAUGCCACUGUAUCGCCCAAAAGACAUCUGGUCCACAAAACGAGCACUUUUCGGUCAAAAUGAUUAUAUCGAUAUAUUAGGCAAUGACAAUCUCCACCCGACGAAAAUUCUUUAUAACGUACCUGCGUGGUUGAGGGGAGUCAAGGGCAAUGAGUAUCAAGUGUUACUCAGAAAAAGAAAAAUGUUACAACAUGGUGUAUAUCCCAUUGCAAGGCCUACAAAAUGGAAGGAGUUGUCUAAGAGGAUAUCUUUUUUGUAUAAAUAUUUAAACCGUAAAACUAAAACUACUAACUAAUAACUUAGCUGUCACUCAUAUGUCAUUAGUGUUUGAUUAUAUUCAAGUCUAAAUUCUAUUGCGGUGUUUUUCAAUAGUUUUCAAAUACUUUACUGUCUUUUGUACUGAGAGCUGAAUGAUUCUCUCCUUUUCAUUACUGAUUUGGGUAGAGAAUUUUCUGUUAUAUGAUUUCUUUGAACAUGCAGUUUUUGACAAAUUGCAAUAUGAUGUAGAUCGAUAGAGUGUGAUGACAGCGAUUGACCUGAUAGGAUGUAUAAAAGCCAACAUAUAACUGAAAUAUAAAAUAAUAAAUUUGU